UUGAAAGCUAGGUGUCAGUAUGUUGCUGCUGUUCCGGCUUGAUAUAAACUUUGACCUGGAAGCAAUCCUCAGAUUGCAGACUUGGUCAUACUCUAGGUUCAGUUUAUACAGUCUUUGCUCAAGAUGCAUAACUUGAUGGUCUUUUGCUUUUCAUCAUUGGUUUUUUUCACCUGUGUAAAGACUGCUUUUCCACCACCAUGUGACAGUGAAAUAUACUGCACUGGGCCCAUCUUGCAUCAGAUACAGAAAGCUAAACUGUUUGAUGAUGACAAACACUUUGUUGACAUGAAGCUGAGGGAAACUCCUGAUGUUGUUUUGUCAGCUUUUCGCAACCUUUCACAUGAAUCCCCAAACAUGACUGUCACACCUGCCAAACUGCAGGAGUUCCUUAAUAAAUACUUUGAGGAACCAGGGACAGAGUUGGAGACGUGGACACCACCAGACUGGCAUGACAAGCCAAAGUUCCUGGGAGGAAUAGUGGACCAAGAACUACGUGCUUGGGCUGAGAAGAUACACAAUCUGUGGAAGUCUCUUGGCAGAAAGAUCCGCCCUGGUGUUAAAGCUCACCCAGAGCUUUACUCGCUCAUAUACACGCCAUAUCCUGUUGUCGUGCCUGGGGGGCGCUUCAGGGAACUCUAUUAUUGGGAUUCCUACUGGGUCAUCAACGGGCUCCUGCUGUCAGAGAUGACAGACACGGCCUACGGGAUGAUUCAAAACUUUAUCUACCUUGUCAACAGAUAUGGCUUCAUUCCAAAUGGUGGGCGGAUUUACUAUGAAAGGCGCAGUCAGCCGCCAUUUCUCACUCUAAUGGUGGAGAGCUACUAUCAAGUAACCAAGGAUAAAGAGUUCCUCAGAGCAGCUUUACCAGUUCUGGAGCAGGAGUACCGAUUUUGGAUGCAGAACCGUUCUGUGGUAGUGAAAGUAAAUGGGGCAGAGCAUGUACUGAACCGGUAUCAUGUGCAGGUGGGCUUACCCAGGCCUGAAUCCUACUCAGACGAUCUGGAAUUAGCUGAAGGACUCACUGAUGACCUUAAGGAGCAGCUAUGGGAGGAUCUCAAAGCGGGUGCAGAGUCUGGUUGGGACUUCACAUCACGCUGGUAUAUAGAUGGUGACAGCCACAAAAACAGCACCCUCAGAGAGACCCGCACCAGUCAGAUCCUGCCUACUGACCUCAAUGCUCUGCUGUGCCUCAAUGAGAACACUCUUGCUUCAUUUCACAGGAUCCUGGGUGAUGGUGACUCAGCUGCACUGUAUGACCACGCUGCAGCCCGCAGACAGGAGGCAAUAGAGUCUGUGCUGUGGGAUGCUGAGAGGGGAGCCUGGUUUGACUAUAGCCUGGUUACACGCUCCAAACACUUUGAGUUUUACCCCUCCAACCUGGCACCUGUUUGGGCACAGUGCUAUUCUCGGCCAGAGAUGGGCGAGAAGGCAGUACAGUAUCUGAAGAGGAGUGGUGCUCUCCAGUUCACCAACGGAGUUCCAACGUCGCUGAGAGAAUCUGGGCAGCAGUGGGACUAUCCUAAUGCAUGGCCUCCUUUACAGCACAUGCUCAUUGAUGGUUUAUCCAAACUGCCUUCAGAGAAUGCUAAACAACUAGCAUUUCAUUUGGCCCAGCGUUGGAUCAAGACAAACUGGUUGGCAUACAAGACGUAUGAAGCCAUGUUUGAAAAGUAUGAUGUCAACGGAGAUGGCAAACCUGGUGGUGGAGGAGAAUAUCAAGUUCAGCUGGGUUUUGGUUGGACCAGUGGCGUGGCCCUGCAGCUCCUGGACCAGUAUGGUGCAACUCUCACCUCAGAAAGCAGACUUGUGUCUUCUGGCCUCCUGCUGCCUCUGGUCAUUUCAGCUGCUGUCAUGCUUCAGUGAAUCAAAUGUGGCAAAAUAGCCUGACUGGUUACUUUAUUAUUUCUGGUUUCACUGCACUACAUCACUGUCCACUGACAGACUUCAAACAAGCACAAAUUGACAUUAAAAAUCAGACUAAAUUGUGCAUAUCUUAACAAGCUCUGGUAUUUUUCUAUAUCACAUAUGAUCAGGAUCACUUCAUUGCAUAAACAGGAUAUGAUUUAUCAUAAGUAAGAAUUCCUUUGAUUAAUAUUUUAGUAUUUAUCCUCGGAGGUAAAUGAUCUCUGGCGAUAUUAGAAGAUGCAGAUCAUGUAGGCUCUUCUGGACUCUCCAGUAAUGCAGGCUGUUAGUGCUUGCUGUUGCUCGGAUCACAACAUUAACUUGUCCCCGAUAUUGAACUGACAUUACAAACAGCUAUUCAGCUAAUUCAGUUGUAAAGUUUAUUGCUGAACUGUAGCUUAACUCCCUCUGAGGCCUUCUAUUUGCGAUCAAAUUGAUGUUGGAAUGUAAACGUGCUUGUGUGAGAAAUUAAAUGUGAAGUGAAAACA